AUGUCUUCUCCUAUUCUGGGGGAGAGCCCCUCUCUGCACGAGCGCCCUGGGAGGGAGGAAAUAAACUUGAAUCACAUGCCUCUCAUAAAGCACAAUACCAGUCUUCCGGCGAACACUCCCACCGAUCCAAAUCCAGUCGAUCCUGCCGAUGGAGAUAGUACAGGCCAUGUCGUGCGUGCUCAGGGCCCUCGCUGUCACCAUCAGUCUCCUAGGGGUGAACAUUGUAGCGAGAAAGGAUGGGGGCCUGAGUUCUUCCCAAACGGUGAAGACCCUGGAACUCUAACUGAAAUGAACAGCCCCACACGCUAUGAAGCUUUUGCUGCAGCUCUGCAACCCGAGCCCCUUCAAGAGCCUAGCCAUGGCACCAGUCCAACUCGGAAGCCUGGGGGAAGGCGCAAGGCGAAGAAGUCAAACCAACCUACCAGAACUAUUCGAGGGUCAAGGAUCGAAAAGAAACAGGUAAAGAGGCCGAAAAGGGAUGGCAACACCUUGGGAACUGCAUCGGGGCGGCCAGUUCCACCAGGAAUACAGAGGGAGCUCGAGCACUUCCAGGAAGAACUAAGACUCCUGGAAGAGCAGAACAAGAGGCGGUUAGAGGCGAGCCAGGGAGAACCGUCCGAGAAGAGGAUCUAG